AUGUCUUCUUCCUUCUUCUUCCCACUCUUCCUCACCAUCAUACAUUCUAUUAUUCCUUUCAUUUCCAGUUCCUGCCCUUCACAAAAAUUUACCUGUGGAAAAAAAACACUUGAUAUCGAAUUCCCUUUCUUCACAUCCCAAUCAUUCAAUCAAUGCUCAGGCCUUCAUUACAUCCAGUGCUUGAAUCGUGUUCCAACUGUACAUUUUACAGGAACCAGCUACUUAUACCCAAUAACAAACAUCUCCUAUGAUGACAAAUCCAUCAUAAUCCAUGAUAUUAAUCUCAGCGCUUACUACAGGAGAUCCUGUAUAUUCCUUUAUGAUUUUGAAUUCCCAAUUCCAGAUUUUGCUUUCAAUUCCUUUUCAAUCUCCCUGCAGUCUGGUGAAUCCUUCUUCAAUUGCAAACAAGACUAUGAUUUCAGUUCAGAUAUAUUUCUUUUAAAAAAUAAUCUCAGUCUAUGUAAAGACUACAAACUCCAUUACUCUGGCGAUUUUGGUCAUCCAAACAUUGCUGAUUUUCCCAUUCAUUGCAGAAAUUACAGUAAUCCUGGGUUCCAUUGGAAGCUCUCCUUUGGUGGAGGAGAGGAUGGAGGAGAAACAGCUUUGAUCGCUGCCGGAUUUUCUCCAGAGUGGACAAAACGGCAGGAUUGUUUUAGUUGUGAAUUUGCUGCUUCAAGCAAUUGCAGUGGAGUUGCAGGAGAUUCCUCCUGCCAAUGCCGGAGCAAUUGCGAGGCAAUACCAGGUGUGUCCAUAGCCGCCGGCAUCCUCUUUAUAAGCAUCCUAAGCUUCAUAGGCUUCUGGUGGCAUCUCCGGCUACGACAAAAGCGGCAGUGCUCCUCUUCCUCCACCCUAUUGUCCCACCAUUCCUCCAUUCCCAGACAUCCAUUCUCCAACAGAGCUUCCGAUCACACCCACUACCCUUACCAAACCCAGGUCUUCUCGUACGAAGAGCUCCACGAAGCCACCAACGCCUUUGACACCGCCAUGGAAGUUGGCGAUGGCGGCUUCGGCGCAGUCUACAAAGGAACGCUCCGCGACGGCCGCACCGUGGCGGUGAAACGCCUCUAUGAGAAAAACUUCAAGCGAGUCGAACAGUUCGCCAACGAGAUUGUGAUACUUUCCUGCCUCCGCCAUCAAAACUUAGUCUCUCUCUACGGCUGCACCUCCCCCAGAAGCCGCGAGCUUCUCCUCGUUUACGAAUUCGUCCCAAAUGGCACCGUUGCCGACCAUCUUCACGGCCCCCGCGCCGCUGAAGGCCACCUCACGUGGCCCCGUCGUCUCUCCAUCGCCGUCGAGACCGCCACCGCACUCGGCUAUCUCCACGCCGUCGACCCGCCCAUAGUUCACCGCGACGUCAAGACAGUGAACAUUCUACUCGAUGCGGAGUUACAUGUCAAAAUCGCCGAUUUUGGCCUCUCUCGUCUAUUUCCCCGCGACGGAGCCACCCAUGUUUCCACCGCGCCGCAGGGCACGCCGGGCUAUCUCGACCCAGAUUACCACCGUAGCUAUCAGCUGACAGACCGGAGCGACGUCUACAGCUUCGGCGUGGUGCUUGCCGAACUCUUGUCGUCGAAACCGGCUGUUGAUAUAUGCCGAGAGCGGUCGGAGAUAAACCUAUCGACAUUGGCCGUUAACAGGAUUCAAAGUGGGAAUUUGGAUGACUUGGUCGAUCGGCAGCUUGGGUAUGAUUCCGAUGUGGAAACGAGGAACAAGAUGAAUCUCGUGGCGGAGCUUGCAUUCCGAUGUCUGCAAGGAGAUAGAGAAAUGAGGCCGCCAAUAAAGGAGGUGCUCGAGGUACUGAUUGAGUUGCAGGAUGGAGCUUUAUUGGGUUCUGAGGAGAAGGUGGGGCAUUUCGCCGAACAGGUUGUGGGCAAUGCUGGGACGGACAAGGGUGGUGUGUAGUGUAGAUGUCAGCCUCGCCGGAUGUCGGUGACGGACAAGUGGGAGAGUAGGCGAAUGAGCCCUUCCUCAAGCGAGCGAGGAUA